UUGAGCUAAAGUUUGUUGUUUUGUAGGCCAUCAUGGCGGCAGGGUCCAUGAUGCAGACCCAUGGAGACUUCGAUGUGGCUCUGACAAAGUACAGGGUGGCUGCUGCCAGCACACCCGAGAGUGCUCCGCUGUGGAACAACAUCGCCAUGUGCUUCUUUGGAAAGAAGAAAUAUGUAGCAGCCAUCAGCUGCCUGAAGCGAGCGGUGUACCUGGCACCGUUUGACUGGAAGGUUCAGUAUAACCUGGGCCUGGUGCAUCUCACCAUGCAGCAGUAUGCUUCUGCCUUCCACUACCUCAGUGCUGCUAUCAAUAUCCGCCCCAAGAUGGGAGAGCUGUACAUGCUGCUGGCAGUUGCCCUGACUCACCUGGAAGAUGAACAGAAUGCCAGGAGAGCCUAUGAGCAGGCAGUCCUCUUGGAUCAGUAAGCAACUCCUAUCAGUUUUUUUUAGCAUGUUUGUUUGAUCUAUGAUUGAAAAUUGUUUCCUAUUGACAACAAUAUACAUGUGUAUAACCACCCUGACCAAUACAAGCG